ACUCAUUCAAUUGUGUCUAUUAUAAAGUAUUUAUAUUUUAUUUUUUACAUUUAUAAAAGAUUAUAUUUCAAAUAAAACUUCUGGCAGAACGCUAAGCACCAUCUGGACAUACACCAUUGACUGAGUUACUUUUACAGUCUAAGAGUGAAUCCUGGUGGUGAGAGUUUCCAAUCAAUUAAGCCGACAGACCAUAGACUGUAAAAACAAUAUAUACAGUCUAUGCUACAGACACAAAGCAAUGAAUUCUGGGAACUGUAGUAAAUAUGUAUAUGGUUAUUCUUAUUCAUAUUAACUUAUUCAACUGCUAAAAUUAAACAAAGUUUAUACGACUCAGUUACAUCGAUUUAUAUUUUGCAUAAAGUUGGUAAAAUUAAGUCGUAUUUUUAAAAAGCGUUUUACUUUUUUUCUGAUCACAUGACGUUUGGGUGUUGCAGGCGCAGCUUACAGCUUCCUGUUUGAGUGAAAGCGGAUGCUGAAAGAGCCUUCAUGAACUCGUCUUGUUUGUACAUUUUGUAGCUAUUUUACCAACAUUUCGCGUUCAUAAACAAUCGCAAACCCAGCUAAAGAUGUCGGAAACGGGGAACCGGCUGCGGAAACUUCUCGAAUCUCCCAAUUUCGACCCGCAGACGUACGUCAAGCAGCUGUCACAGCAGUCCGACGGCGACAGGGAUCUGCAGGAGCAUCGGCAAAAAAUCCAAAACCUGGCCGAUGAAACGGCCCAGAAUUUAAAGAAAAAUGUCUACAAGAACUACAGGCAGUUCAUCGAAACGGCCAAAGAGAUUUCCUACCUGGAGAGCGAGAUGUACCAGCUGAGCCACAUCCUGACGGAGCAGAAGAGCAUCAUGGAGAGCAUCACCCAGGCCUUGCUGUCCACAGACAAGGAUGAGACCUCCAAGGAGAUGCAGGCCGCUUUCCCCAAAGAGACGGAGGAGGUGAAGCAGAGGACGCUCACCUCUCUGCUGGAGAAAGUGGAAGGAGCCAAGAACAUCAUGGACACCCCAGGGAGGCACCUAGUCUACAACGGAGACCUUGUUGAGUUUGACGUGGACAACAUGUCCCCCAUCCAGAAGGUCCACGCUUUCCUCAUGAACGACUGUCUGCUGGUCGCCACCUGGCUGCCCAAUCGCAGAGGCACAGUGAAGUACAAAUACAACGCCCUGUACGACCUGGAGAGCUUCGCCGUGGUCAACGUCAAGGACAACCCACCCAUGAAGGACAUGUUCAAGAUCCUCAUGUUCCCAGACAGCCGCAUCUUCCAGGCAGAGAACAGCAAGGUCAAGAAGGAGUGGCUGGAGAUCCUUGAUGAAACCAAGAAGAACAAAGUCUCCAAGGACAGACACAAGAAGGAGGAGGAGGUCCCCACGUCCCCCGUCAGAUCGGAGGUGUCCACCAACCCUUUCGACCUGGAGGACGACGAGCUGGCAGACGCAGAAGAAAGCGUGGAACUCGGCCUCGAGUGGAUUCAGGAGCUGCCCGAAGACCUGGACGUGUGCAUCGCCCAGAGGGACUUCGAGGGAGCAGUGGACCUUCUGGACAAACUGAACGAGUACCUGAAAGACCAGCCCUCCACUCAGAAGGUCAAAGAGCUGAGGUCCAAGGUGGACGAGCGGGUGCGGCAGCUGACCGAGGUGCUGGUGUUCGAGCUGUCUCCAGAUCGGUCACUCCGUGGUGGGCCUAAAGCGACCCGGCGGGCCGUGUCCCAGCUCAUCAGACUAGGCCAGUCCACCAAAGCCUGUGAACUGUUUCUGAAAAACCGAGCCGCGGCGGUCCAGACGGCCAUCCGGCAGCUCCGCAUCGAGGGAGCAACGUCGCUCUACAUCCACAAACUCUGCAACAUCUUCUUCACCAGUUUGCUGGAAACCGCCAAAGAGUUCGAGAUGGACUUCGCCGGGAACACGGGCUGCUACUCGGCCUUCGUCGUCUGGUCCAGAUCUGCCAUGAAGAUGUUUGUUGACGCUUUCAGCAAACAGGUGUUUGACAGUAAGGAGAGCCUCUCCACGGCCGCAGAGUGCGUCAAAGUGGCCAAAGAGCACUGCCAGCAGCUGACGGAGAUCGGCCUGGACCUGACCUUCAUGCUGCAGUCGCUUCUGGUCAAAGACAUCAGGGCUGCCCUGCAGAGCCAAAAGGACAUCAUCAUCGAGGCCACCAAGCACCGCAACUCUGAGGAGAUGUGGAGGAAAAUGAACCUGAUGACCCCCGAGGCUUUGGCCAAACUCAAGGAGGAGAUGCACAGCUGUGGGAUUAGCUUCCAGCAGUACACGGGAGACGGCUGCUGGGUGAACCUGAGCUACACCAUGGUGGCCUUCACCAAGCAGAUGAUGAGCUUCCUGGAGGAAGGCCUGAAGCUGUACUUCCCCGAGCUGCACAUGGUGCUGCUGGAGAGUCUGAGGGAGAUCAUCCUGGUGGCCGUGCAGCACGUGGACUACAGCCUCCGCUGCGAGCAGGACCCGGAGAAGAAGGCCUUCAUCUUGCUGAACGUCACCUUUCUCCACGACACCGUGCUGCCGGUGGUGGAGCGCCGCUUCGAGGAGGGCGUCGGCAAGCCAGCCAAGCAGCUGCAAGACCUGAGGAAGAGCACAAGGCCGGUGCGGGUCAACCCGGACAGCACCACGUCUUUGGUCUGACUGAUGAGGAUGAUGAUGAUGCUGCCGGACAGAGAAAAGUCCACCACUCAACACUAACAUGUGCUUACUCUCAUUUCACUUUGCACAAAUGCUAACAUGUUUUCCCUACUGGUAAAACUUUAUUUGUGAUUAAAGAUAUUUGCAAGCAUC